AAAAAAUGCGUUGACCCUCUCAUUGACCCGCCAAUUGGUGGCGUGUGUGCUAUAUUGGGCUUCUUUCACUGGACGAGGCGGAGCGAAGGGAAACGCGAUUCAUUCAGAAACACACAAUCCAAUUCAUACCGAUCGGAUGUCGGUACGACGGGUGUAAACUUGACAUUCACCCGACGGUUCUUUCCUUCUUAGUGCAAGCAAGGCACGGAUGCUACUGGCCACCGUUCCCUCCUCCCGAAAAGGGGGUACGCGAUUGCACGGCACCAAGGGAGGAACACGAUCGCCGCACACGCCGGCUGAAGGUCGUAAUCGUACAGUGUUUGCAGGGAACUGUUUGAAUUCGAGUAUAAAAAGCUGGUCCCGCACUCUCGGACAGCAUCAGUUGCAGCCUCAAACUCUGGACACAGUGUACUGCAGUGUACUACAACCCCUUCAAGCCCACGAGCCCAAGCAACAAAGCAUCUUCAAUCAUGCAGACCUCCAUCGUUAUCCUGCUGUUCGCCGGCCUGCUAGCGCUCGGCUAUGCUGCACCGCGCCCUGGCGCCGAGGAAAAGGACGCCCAGCUGCUGAAGUACGAGAACGACCACAACGGCAUCGAUGGGUACAACUUCCAGUUCGACACGAGCAACGGCAUCCAGCGCCAGGAGCAGGCCCAGCUGAAACAGUUCGACGAUGAAAAUGCGGCCCUGGUUGUGCGCGGCUCGUACUCGUUCACCGGUGACGAUGGGCAGGUGUACACGGUGAACUACGUUGCGGACGAGAACGGUUUCCAGCCGGAAGCUCCCCAUCUGCCGAAGUAAGGCAAACGGGGUUUGGUUGGCAGUGUGUGUUAGUGCAAACUUUUUGCGAUUGGUCCAUAUAGGUUAAAAAUUUGUUUUUUCUUCCUUCGGUUUGUUAAUUAAAGAACGAUAGUUCAUUUGAGUAUAA